AUGCCACGCUACUCCAUUGCCAAAGAUGGCCGCCUCAAUGCAGUGGAAUAUCUAAUCGAACGUGGUGCUGAUGUCUUUGAAAGACGUCGCAAAUCCAAGGCAACACCUCUACACAUUGCUCCAAGGGCGGCCAUGAGGUAUCGUCAACGUACUUCUCAACGCUUCACUGAGCAGCAUGACAACGCCCGCACCAACACCACUAUCGCUCUCCUGAAAAUCUUGGCUCCUGACUACCUCGAAGAUCCAUCAACCGACAGUCACUCGGCACUCACAAGAACGGUAUUUGUGGGUUGGGAGGGCUUUGUGAAGCUGUUGCUUACCCACAAUUCUCAGGUCAACAUUACAGUCAGUGACAAGAUCAUGUUUGGCAUUUGGUGGUGCGAACAGCUUUUCCACAAAGAAGCUGAGCAGCUUGGACUAAGCUUCAAGCAGAAUUUUGCGCCGAACCCUCCAGCUUACAGUCCAGGUCUAAACGUUGAUCCUGAAGCCGAGGUAAACCCACCAACGUUAGUGCUGUCGGUGGCCGUCACCCUGCGGAAGAAUGCAAUCGUUGAUUUACUGCUUCUACAUCAGAAAAUAGUGGAUUUUACCAUAGAAGAACAAGGCUCUGCUUUGUACUUUUACCUGUGCAAGGGGAUAUAA